CUGGAGAAGGAAAAUGUAAGCUUGAGAGCUGAGAGGCAUUUAUUUCAGUGGUCUGUACGGAAAGGAGGAGGAGUGCUAACAAAAGCCUUUCCCUGCUCGUUCUAUAAACCGGCCAGAAUCUGCUGUCUCCAGGUAGCGGGAAGUUCCCGGGAGCCUUUCGUGUGAAUCUGGAGGUGAGUUCCUGUUCCAGCUUAAUCGAGCAGGUAGAAGGCCUCGGCUUCCAUUGUUCUCCAAAGCGGGUCCGGCAUCAGGAUCUGAAAAAACAAAGCAGAAAAACUAUGGAUACCAAAAAGUGCAGUGUGUGGAUGUUUCUUCCCCUUGUAAUGUCUUUGUUCAGUGCAGUUGGACUUUGGAUAGUGUACUUUAUAGCCAUAGAAGAUAGGAAAAUUUUUCCUCUAACCUUAGACAGACGACCUGAUUUAAGAAGACCUCCAUAUAUAAGUGUUGCAGGUGAUGCACCUCCAGCAAGCUGUGUAUUCAGUCAAGUGAUGAAUAUGGCAGCCUUUCUGGCCCUUGUGAUUGCUGUCUUGCGGUUCAUACAGCUUAAGCCGAAAACAAUCAACCCAUGGCUCAGCAUAAGUGGACUGGUAGCCUUCUGUCUGACAUCAUUUGGAAUGACAUUACUGGGUAAUUUUCAGCUUAGUGGAAAUAUGCAAAUUCAUAACAUUGGCACAUCCAUGACAUUUGGAUUUGGAACACUAGCCUGCUGGAUCCAGUCUGUCUUAACCUUUAAAAUAAACAUCAAGAAUGAGGGAAGGAGAGUUGGAAUCCCAAGAGUUAUUUUGACUACAAUCAUUACAUUAUGUGUCAUAAUUUAUUUUAUCUUUGAAUGGCAGAAGCUUAACAUUCUGGCUCCAAGGGUCCAGUGGGUUCUUGUUAUGUGCUUUGUGACAUACUUUGGUACAUUAGCAGUUGAAUUUAGGCACUGUACGUUUGAAAUAAUUUGCAUCGAGAACCAGGAACAUCAAGAGAUCUUUCACAGCAUGUCAGAAAACAUCUCUGAUAUGUCGGAAUAUCAGACAGAUCAAGUUUAAAACCUUGGAUGUUAUGGCCAAUGUAUGCUCGGACAUAUGAACGCAGACACUGUCUAUUUUUAAAUCAGUAAGAAUAUUUGAGAACUUGUUUUGUGUCUUUGUGUUGUGCCAGAUU